UAAGCUCUAGUCUCUCCACAUCUUUUGAAAAAAGAAGAAAAAACUCAUGUCAUUCAAUUUGUGGUUUUGUUAUGUAGUUGUAGGAUCUUCCCAUCCUACACAUGAGAUUCAAUUGAGAAAAAUGAUGAUGAUGAUGUCAUAUUUUCAUCAGGAAGGAUGCCCGACUCUAUUGAUCUCAUGUAUGGAGGAGUUAGGGAAAAAAGUUUCUUUCAUCUGGCUACACACACACACACACCCAGAGACAAGAUGUCUCGAAUUUUGGGCCUUCACAUCUUCUCUUCCCUUGGCAAACACAUAUUAUGCAAUUCGCAACCCAUUUUUUCCCCCUUUCCUUUGCAUUGUACCGAUUCCACACAUAUCUCUUAAAACUGGGCCGCGCUCUUAUAUAAACUCAAACUCGCGCUCGCCUGGGAAAAAUAGAGCCCCAAAUUCUUGUGAUUUCACAUUUCCCUACUCACAUUUCUGAGCCCUAGUUCCACGAGUCGUCUCGUCUCUACAGCGCUCUCGAUCGUCAUGGACAAGCGUGCCAAGUCUGUUUGUGGAUCCAAUGAAUUGUCUGGAUCAUCUGAGAUGCUCAAUAGCUCUGUAGCUAUUUCUACUGCCGAAUCUAAGCCAUUGAGGAUUGGAGGAGAUGAGCGUUUGGGUUCUGAGGAAUUUGGGGAGUCCUCCACUGCCAAUUCUGUGCCUAUGAUUCCUGCUGCUUCUGGAACAUCUGAGUUGGUCUCUAGCACUGCAGCUAGAGCUUCUGUCCAACCUAAGGCAGUGAGGAUUGGAGGUGCUGAUUCGUUGGGUUUUGAGGGAUUUGGGGAAUCCUCCAUUGCUAAUUCUGUGCUUGCGAACUAUGAAUCCUCUGGAUUGACUUGUGUGUCUGGAUCAGCUGCAUCUUCUGGAUUCCAAAAGCCUAUGACUGCUGCUGCUCCUGGGUCAUUAGCUGGACCAUCUGAGUUGGUCUCUAUCUCUGGAGAUGGAUCUUCUGGCCAACCUAAAGCAUUGAGGAUUGGAGGUGCUGAGUCGUUAGUCUCUAUCUCUGGGGAAUCCUUCAUUGCUGAUCCUGUGGGGAAGAGAAAAGGUAUGCGUAAGAAGCAUUUCCGCAAGAGGGAUUUUACCCUGAGUGAGGAGGGCAGUCAUGUUACCCCGAGUGAGGAGGGCAGUCAUGAGCAUGAGGUUUUCGGUUCAGAUGAUGAAUCAUCAUUGUUUGGUGGUUACUAUAAGCUGCUAUUUGCAGAGGAAGAACACUUGUCAGAAAAGGAGAAACAAGAUCAUUUCGUAAAGGAGAAGAUUCUGACUACCCCCAUUCCUCCUAUCACGAACACUUUUGAUAGGCCUAGCUGUCUGGUUGAGUAUGGCAGACCUGUUUUGGGCGGUGUCCCGGUCAAAUACCGGCAAUUCUCUUGGGAUAGAUUUGAUCACUUGGAAUCCCAAGAGAGUCAUGAUCUUUGGUAGGAGUUCCACUCUAAUUUUGUUGAUCCAGAGGAGUUUUAAUCAAGAUGUGUGUGCAAUUACAAAUAGGGUUGUUUCAGUAAGGAUCAAAGAACUUGCAGUUUUAUAUCAAUCACUUAAUCUUCAGUGAUAGGGAAGCUAACAUUGAACCAGCAAUGUCAUCACAUACGGUGCACAACCCAACAAGCAGAAAACUGACUGAAGCAGCAUGUCAUUGCAAUUCUUGCUUCACUUUUUGUUUAGAUAUUACUGGAGCAAGCAAUUUUUUGAUAGGCUAACACGUUUUGUUUAUAUACACCUAGAACAACUACUUUUUGGAAAAUAUUCCAGCAACAACUGUAAAUAAGUAAACCUUGGAUAGCCUAUUUUUUGAACACUCCACUAUGAUAAGAUCAUCCUUUGUUUUA